CAGCCUCAGAGCUCCAGAGAACAGAUCAAUGCGAAUUCUUCCUUUCACCAUUUACUGCUCCACAGCAUACUCCUUCCCCCCCACCCCCAAGCAAACUUUUAAUGGCUCGAGUUGUGCAGAAUUUUGGACUCCUGCUGUUGCUGACCUGUAGCUUAUCAAAUGCCCAGGGCUGGAGGAGUUGGCUUUGGGGGAGUUCAGAGAAAACAACCCUGUCUCCCACAAAGGCUGUCGAUACUGAGGAUCAGAUGACACAUCAGCUGGCCACAUCCGAGGCAACCACCUUGAUCAUCCCCUCUGAAAGCACCACACAGCAAACGGGAAAAGUAUGGAAUAUAUUCACCCUUAAGAGACCAGACCUGACUGCAGACACAACUGCCCCUACUACAGCUACUGCAUCACCUUCUGAACUGGGAGGCCAAGAGGGAAAUACUGCAGGGGUAGGGACUGAGGUACUCAAUGUCGCUGAAGAAAUCCAGAAUCUGGUUCAGCAGUGGAAUAAAAAGACAACUGAAGAGACAAAGAGGACCGAGGCACUGGUGACAACUGGUUUUUUGGAUACUUCCCCUCUUAGUACUACAGAGCUUGCUUCUGUCCAGAAUGUUACUGCCAACUUGACUCGUGAGGUGCAGAUCUUGCUGGAAACUGAGCAGUCUCAGAUUUCUCUCUCAGUGAUUACAAAACCCAACUUACUGUGGAACAAGACUCAAGUUCUGUUAAAGAAGCCUGAGAUGCCACUCCCAGGUAGUGCUACUUUCUCAUUUUCACCUGAUGACCAAGCCAGCAGGGAUGUGGUGCCUUUUCAAGAAUCCACAGAUGCAGGGCGAGAAGGUGCUAUUACUCCAGAACUAAGGGCAGAUCGGGGAGCUUUCUCAGAAAACCGAGGAAUUGUAUCCAGCGCAAAUAUUGUGGAAUUGCAGAAGCUUCAGGCUAAUAGCAGCGUGGAUGUUGGAAUUACAUCCAAGGUGGUGGGAGCUUCAGACAACUGGCUAUCCCUUUAUGUUGCAAAUUCAAACCAAUCGGCCUAUGAUAACAAUAGUACCCAUCACAGCCUUAAAAAACACCCCUUUAAGCAUUCUGGGAUAUCAGUAGCUGAUGCAAAUAAGAACUACUCUAGUGAUUCUGUUUCUAAUUCAAAUGCAACUAAUUUAACGGAUUUCCCCCCUGCCAGUAACUCUGAAUCUCUUGAGUUUCUACUAACCUACACUGUGCAACAUUUUAGCAAUAGUAGUGCAGGGCUUCCUUCCUUUUAUUCUGGAUUGACUCCAACAGCUGGCCACUGCUUGCCCUUACCAGCCAAGCUGUCAUAUUGCAACAACCUGGGCAUGAAGCAUUUCCGAGUGCCGAAUUAUUUGCAUCAUGGCAGUGAGGAUGAAAUUCGGGCUGCUUUGCAUGAGUGGGAGGGGCUUCUUAAAUCGCGGUGUCACCGCUACUUGGAGUGGUUUUUCUGCUUGCUGCUGGUACCUGGGUGUAACACUUCUCUUCCAGUAACACCUCCACCGUGCCGGGGAUUUUGCGAGGCCCUGAAAGAUCUAUGUUGGAUUCAUUUGAAAGAGGGGCAUCUUCCGAUAUCAUGUGACACUCUCCCAGCGGAGGAUGGUGUAUAUUCAUGUGUUUUUGUUAAUGUUUCAGCAGAAAAUGUCAGCCCAGAAGUUGGUCUCUUAGAGCUGAUUGGGGAACCCCCGCCAGACCAGAUAACCAAAAUAUAUGGCCCUGACAACAGUCCUGGCUAUGUGUUUGGACUGGAUGCCAACACUGGCCAAGUGGCCCGUUACCACCUCCCCAGCCCUUUUUAUAGAGACUUCUCAUUGCUGUUCCACAUUCAGCCCACAUCAGACAAGGCAGGAGUGCUUUUUGCCAUCACAGAUGCUUCCCAGUCGAUUAUCUAUGUUGGUGUGAAACUUUCAGAGGUGAAGGAUGGGAAGCAGCAGAUAAUCUUCUACUAUACAGAACCUGGCUCUCAGAACUCCUAUGCUGCUGCCACAUUCACGGUCCCUUCCCUUGUCAAUCAGUGGACACGCUUUGCCAUCAGUGUCGAGGAGGAAGAGGUGGUUCUCUAUAUGGACUGUGAAGAAUCUGAACGAGUCCGCUUUGAGCGCUCGCCUGAUGAGAUGGAACUGGAAGAAGGCUCUGGGCUUUUUGUGGCUCAAGCUGGAGGGGCUGACCCAGACAAAUACCAGGGUAUAAUCGCAGAACUGAAAGUGAAAGGAGAUCCUCGGGCAGCUGACGUCCAGUGUGAGGAGGAUGAGGAUGAUUCUGAUACGAUAUCUGGAGAUGGUGGUAGUGGUGCUGAAGAAAAGCCACAGUCCCCAGGAAAGGAAAAGGGAGCUCAUGUGCCAUUAAACCUCCCAGAACCCCCACCUGUCACUUCUCCUCCCACUAAUAAAAAGCCUGUACAGGCAGAAGAGAAACCCAGUUUGCAAACUGAACUAACCAAACCAGAAGAGAGGCCACCAUUUGCUUCAGGAAUAGUUGGAGCCAAAGGUGAAAAAGGGGAUCCGGGAGAAAAAGGUGACCGUGGCCCUAAAGGGGAUUCUGGAGUUGGUGAAGUUCUACCAUCAGGUGGUGCUAAAGGUGAUAAGGGAGAAAAAGGGGAGCUGGGUGUUAAGGGAAAUGCAGGCUUUGGGUAUCCUGGCUCUAAAGGACAGAAAGGCGAACCAGGUGUGCAAGGAUCUCCAGGCCCUGCUGGCCCCCCUGGCCCUCCUGGGACUGUUAUUCAAAGCCUUGAUGGCUCUGUUAUAGAGCAGGUUGCUGGGCCUCCAGGACCCUCAGGACCCCCUGGAUUGCCUGGAAAAGAUGGUUUACCUGGAAAGGAUGGAGAGCCUGGGGAUCCUGGUGAAGAUGGUAAAUCAGGUGAUGUUGGCCCUCAAGGAUUUCCGGGGACCCCAGGAGAGCCUGGACAAAAAGGAGAAAAGGGUGAUCCAGGAGUUGGUGCACAAGGUUCUCCUGGUCCACCAGGACCACCUGGGCUACCAGGAUUCAGCUCUAAACUGGACAAGUUGACAUUUAUUGAUAUGGAAGGCUCUGGCUUUGGAGGUGACUUGGAAAGUUUCCGGGGUCCCAGAGGACCUCCUGGGCCCCCAGGGCCUCCUGGAGUACCAGGCUUGCCAGGACAACCUGGGAGAUUUGGGACGAAUGGUACUGACCUUCCAGGACCACCUGGCCUCCCUGGAGUGCCAGGCAGAGAUGGCAGCCCAGGACUUCCAGGACUUCCUGGUCCUCCUGGUUCUCCAGGAAGAGAUGGCAGCCCUGGUCAACCUGGGGCAAAUGGAGCAAGUGGAGAGCCAGGAGAACUAGGUCUUCCAGGAGCACCUGGUCCCAAGGGCAGUAAAGGAGAUACAGGGUUAACAGGAACACCAGGGGAAACUGGCUUGGCAGGACUUCCAGGGCCCAUGGGUCCUCGAGGACAGCCUGGACCUCCUGGUCCACCUGGGCCAGGAUUUGCACCUGGAAUUGAUGAUAUGGAAGGGUCAGGACUGCCAUUUGUUUCUGCUGUCCCUGGAGCACGUGGACCAGAAGGGCCUCAGGGACAAACAGGACUUCCAGGGCUCAAGGGGGAUGCUGGCAGCUCUGGUGUGCCAGGAGAAAAAGGAGACAAGGGAGACACAGGAUUGCCAGGACUAGAUGGUCGUCCCGGACUAGAGGGUUUCCCAGGGCCGCAGGGGGCACAAGGUAGCAGAGGGGAUCCAGGAGAUAAAGGUGAACCAGGUCAAGAUGGAAUAGGAUUGCCAGGUCUCCCUGGGCCCCCUGGCCCUCCAGGACAAGUUAUCCAUCUGUCCAGUGAUGAUACAAGCUUAUCUAGUGUUCUGGGUCCAGAAGGCAAACAAGGACAUGCUGGUUUCCCAGGGCCAGUUGGACCAAAGGGUGACAUAGGAUCCUCAGGUCCUCAGGGUUCUUCAGGACCAAAGGGUGAAAAAGGAGAGCCAGGCGUUAUAAUUGGCCCUGAUGGAACUGUCAUAGCAGCUCAGGCAAAGGGCGAAAAGGGUGAGUCAGGCUCAAGAGGACCUGUGGGACCAGCAGGGCCACCUGGGCGUCAAGGACAGAAAGGAGAAAUUGGCUUUCCUGGAAGACCUGGUCGGCCAGGCAUGAAUGGGUUGAAGGGAGAAAAAGGUGACCCUGCAGACUCAAGUGGAGGCCUGGGCUUAAGGGGUUCUCCUGGUCUCCCUGGACCACCUGGACCCCCAGGACCUCCAGGCAACAUAGUGCCUGUUUAUGACAAUAAUGCAUUUAGUGAGACGGGCCCUCCUGGACCUCCAGGGCUGCCUGGCUACCAUGGUGCUCCUGGUCAGAAAGGAGAGAAAGGCGAGAUGGGUGCUCCGGGACUCCCAAGCCAGUUCCCCUUUGAUCUCAGUAGAUUGGGCUCCACAGUUAGGGGAGAAAAGGGGGACAGAGGAGACUCUGGAGCAAAAGGUGAAAAGGGUGAACCAGGUGGUGGAGGAUUCUUUGGAUCAAGCAUCGCAGGACCUCCAGGUCCUCCAGGAUAUCCUGGUCUUCCGGGUCCAAAAGGGGACAGUGUUAGGGGACCACCUGGUCCCCCUGGACCUCAAGGACCUCCUGGGGCAGGAUUUGAGGGUCGGACAGGUCCUCCUGGUCCUCCCGGUCCUCCUGGUCCUCCUUCUUUUCCAGGUCCCCACAGACAACCUAUCAGUAUUCCUGGACCUCCAGGGCCACCAGGGCCACCAGGACCUCCAGGCGUUGGCGAUGCAUCUUCUGGGCAGCUGCGAAUCUUACCAAGCUAUCAGAGCAUGAUGAGCAGAGCUCACGAAGUGACUGAAGGGCAGCUCCUCUUCAUCCGAGAUAGAGAAGAGCUCUACAUCCGUGUCCGCAAUGGUUUCAGAAGAGUCCUUCUUGAGGAAAGAGUCUCUAUCUCUGGUCCUGGUCUGGACAAUGAGGUAUAUGACAGGCCUCCCAAUUGGCCACGUGGUGGGGGCACAGCAUCAUCUGGAUCCCAACGACCAUUCCCACAGCAUUUACCCUUGCAUCCAUACCGAGAAUUUAGUGUUUACUCCACUGCCAAGCCUUGGAGAGGAGAUGAGAGUGUGGCCAACCAACAUCGUCUUCCUGAGCUGCCUGUCAUCCACCAUCCUCAUCAGGGAGCACAGCAGCAGCAAAAGCAAGUGAAUGCCUUCUUCCACAACAGCCCCCAGUCAGAAACUCUUCCUUCUGCCAUUCACACACACCAUGACUUCCAGCCUGCUCUCCACCUUAUAGCCCUGAACACUCCUCUGAGUGGCAGUAUGCGUGGCAUCCGAGGGGCUGACUUCCAGUGUUUCCAGCAGGCCAGGGAGGUUGGUCUGACAGGCACCUUCCGAGCAUUCCUCUCGUCCCGCCUGCAAGAUCUCUACAGCAUAGUGCGCAGAGCAGACAGGAGCACGGUGCCAAUAGUAAAUCUCAGGGAUGAAAUGCUAUUUACUAACUGGGAGCACCUCUUCUCAGGCUCUGAGGCUCCCUUCAGAACUGGGGUUCGUAUCCUCUCCUUCGAUGGAAGGGAUGUCUUGAGAGAUUCUGCUUGGCCUCAGAAGUCCGUGUGGCAUGGCUCUGACUCCAAGGGACGGAGAUUAACAGAGAGCUACUGUGAAACAUGGCGGACAGAUGACACAGUAGUGACAGGGCAGGCGGCCUCACUGACGUCGGGCAAGCUGCUCGAGCAGAAGAGCAGCAGCUGCAAAAAUGCCUUCAUUGUCUUAUGCAUCGAAAACAGCUUCAUGACUUCUCAGAAAUGAAAUGGCACACGCCCAAAGCGCUGACUGCAAGUGGAGGGUGGGCACCUCCUGUUGCCCUCUGGUAGAAGGGAACAGGCGAUGGUCCCUCCUCACCUCACCCCCAAUCAGGAUAGUGUAUCCAGCCAGUUCCACAGUAUAGCCAUGAAGCAGAUAGAUGAACAAAAAGCCAAAGAGUGUCUUCAUGUGGUUUCCAGCACAGACCGGGUCCUUUCUGCCUUUGUGGCACAGCUGUGAAUAAUGCAUGUCUCUGCCAGAAGGGCUGGGGCAAGUCAGGCUUGUUUGUGAGGCAAUCUUCAGGCAAGUAUGGUACAUGAAACGGUCUCUCUUUCUCGCCAUGUACACAUGAUACUAAGAAUGUAUGUACAAUCUGUGUACAGUGUACACUUAAUUUUUCUUCGUACAAGCAUUGAUUAACUCUUAGGUUAGAUUCAAUGCAAGUACGGCGUGACUUUCAGAAACCCAUUUAUCCAGGUACUGGUUUUCAUUUUUAUUUUUAAACUGUGCACACGCUAGCUCUUUCUUACAAACAGAUGUACUUGUGUACAUGCAUUCACUAUAACUUCUGAAAGGGCUCAUCUCUUCUCUCUCUCUCUUUAAUCAUGCUCAUAUAAUGCCUAUAAUUGUACCUUUUGUUACAACAUCCUUAUUUGUCUGUCUCUUCCCCCCAUCCCCAACUUAGAUUUCUUUUAUUAAAAAAUAAGGAAACUGAGAGUAAGUGAGCAGCUCAGAAAUUCUGUUUAUUGGGGCUGUGUUUGCAUAUACAAGAGGCUCUUCAUAAAGCAGACAGAUGGUGGGCACUGCUUCCAUUUGGAGCCCACUACUGUGUGAGUUUGAGCUACUGUUACCUCUGUAUGGACCACUAGGCACUCUUGAGCCUGCUCUGACUUUGAAGAUCACGGAUCAGAAAUUAGACCUGCUGUUCAGUGCCUUGAGGACACUUAUGACCGUAAUAAACACUGAACAGGGUUCUCUCUGUGCCCUGGGAAGCAUCAUGGCCAAACCCUUUCAAAGACACCAAGACCUUUUGCAAGUAGAUACUGCAUAUGGGGCUGAAGAAUUAUAUUCCUCUCUCUAGCACAUACUAUGUCUGAUGUACCAGCUGCCUUAGUAGUUUUGCUGAGGUUGUCUUAUAGUUCCUGGUACAGAACAAAAUAAUAUUGUUCUAGUCACAAAAUUCUGGUUACAAUUUUUGUUACAGAAUUUGUGUCAUCUUCUGCUCAGCGCCAUGUGGAUUAAGGCCACAAAUCUUACUUUGCACAGUACUUCUUCUCUGGCCCUCCCAAACUUUUCAUCUUUUUUUUUAAAAAGGAUACUAAGAUCAACCACCGUAAAAGUCAAGUGUUUGAUUUUGCCUAGAUAUUUUCUUUGCGCCGGACACAAAAGUUGUCAUUUUAAAAAAAAACUUUUUAACAUUGUUUUUGCCCUCUCCAAGUAGGUGGUACACUAUACUAUUGGCAAGUAUUUCCACAGAAAGUGAGCCUGGCAUAUCUGGCCAAUGAUGAUUCCUGAAGCUCAUCUGUUGAUUUUCUUUCACAUCAUGCCUUGAGCAGCAGCUUAAAAGCAGAGAUGGAAAUUUGUAACUUCACUAUCCCUUUGGUUAAGAACAAAGGAGAUAGAGGAAAUAGCUUUAUAACUGUUAAACUCUGAGCCUAAUCAAACUUUUAAACAUCUAGAACAGCUGUUCUGUGAGUUAGCAUGGACACAGCUGGAGGUCCCUUUUAAUCAUCUCUUUUCCUUCUUGUUCUGUUCCCCCCCCCCCCAAUAUGUGGCAGGAACCACUAGACCCAAGCCAUUCCUAUUUGAUAUACCUUCAGCUUCUUAAUGAAUAAAAAAGAGACAGUAACUGGUGCUCUGCUAAUAUUUCAGGAUCUGGGAAUUACUACAGGACAAACACUUAACUAUUAUCUUGUGUUGUGCAUCACUGUUUUGCUCAGUUCCAAGCAGUGCAAGUGAAUUUGAUAUAAGCAGGUUUUUGGCCAGGUGGCACUGAAGCUACCUAGUGAAGAUAGCCUGCCUUCUGACUCUACGCCUUGAUUUCCUAUUGAAACCACUUCUAUGUCAGAAGACUUGCCCAGUUUUUGAUACUGUCAUGUACCAGUUUGUUUUAAACACUAACACCUGAGCAUUUGAAGCAGGUGUGAAAAGCCAAGGUGCUAAAUUUCUACCGAUUGUCAAACUGAAAUUUUAUUACUCGGGGUUGGGGGUGGGAUUGAAGGGUAGAAGAACCUGUGCAAGUCACACAAUCUAUUUCUGUCUACUGUAUUUUGUGAAACUUACUGCAAUUUUUAAAGCCUGUGGAUUUCUAUACCUUUUUGUGUUGUGUUCUGUAAACUGUUUCCUAAAGGCACUGAAUAAAGGACAAUAUCCUC